AUGCAUGUCUGCGAAUGUAAUAACGAUCAGCAACUGGAUGUUCUUAUCAAAGAGAGUUUUUCACUAGAUGCGGUUGGUGUGAGUAUAUCUAAUAACACUCUUAGGUCUAAAGAAGACGAGAGAGCCAAUCGUAUCCUGAACGAAUCCACGACGUAUAACAGAGAGCUGAAGAGAUGGCAGACUGGACUUCUGUGGCGGUACGACAACGUAAAGCUCCCGUCCUCCCGUGAGAUGGCCAUGCGACGACUCCAGUGUUUGGAAACCCGUAUGGCGAAAGACAAAGAACUACGAGAGUUCGUGAACCAGCAGAUUCGACGCUACGAGCAGUUAGGAUAUAUCCGCAAACUAGGAACCGACGAAAUGACCGACGAACAACGGACUUGGUAUUUGCCCAUAUUCGUUGUCAAAAAUCCGAGUAAAGGAAAAUCGAGGCUAGUUUGGGACGCUGCAGCCAAGGUGGAAGGGAUCGCCCUCAACACGAUGCUAUUAAAGGGACCGGAUCAACUACCCUCUCUUGUUGGAGUGAUUUUAAGAUUCAGACAGAAAGCGGUCGGAAUAUGUGGAGACGUAAAAGAAAUGUUCCACCAGAUAAUGGUGCGUAAAGAGGACCAAGGAGCACAGCAAUUUCUCUGGAGAUAUGGCGACAACAGUCGAGAGCCAGAUAGAAUGGAACUAAUGGCUGCUAUUUUAGGCCUAAGAUUGGCAACAUUUUUGGAGCAGGAGUUAUCCAUCGGCGUGAAGAGACGUGUGUUUUGGACCGAUUCCAAAAACGUUUUAUACUGGAUACGCUCAGAUGCUCGAAAGUAUCACCAGUUUGUAGCCCUACGAAUUGGUGAAAUCCUGGAGAAUUCCGAAACCGCCGAAUGGAAAUGGGUCCCAUCUGCGCUGAACGUGGCUGAUGACGGGACAAAAUGGACGAAGGAAUCGAGUUUUCAGGCAGACUCGAGAUGGUUUACAGGUCCAUCAUUUUUAUUAGAAUCAGAAGAACACUGGCCGGUUACGGAUCUAAGCCCACACAUACUGGAGAGGAUAAACGUCCAUGAACUAAAGGAGACGUCAUUAUCAAUGCUGGCAAGCAUCGUCCCGGAAAUUAAUCGUUUUACGUCGGAGGAGGCAAAGAUUGCCACACGUAUUCGCAACCUGGAUGAUGUAAACAACGUGAUUUACAGGAUGGUUCAAGAGGAAGCGUACGCGGAAGAAAUAAUUCUUCUACGCCGAGGAACCGUAUUAGGAAGGAAGAGUCCAAUAUAUAAACUUACGCCUUACUUGGACGAAGCAGGCGUGCUGAGAAUACGCGGCCGGAUCGAUCGAAUGAGCGGAGUGGAUAUGAACGUGAAAAGACCAGUAAUUCUACCCAAAGAACACAAAGUCACCAAUCUUCUGGUCGAUUAUUUUCACCGUAAGUUCCACCACCAACUAACCGAAAUUGUAGUCAACGAGAUGCGCCAAUUAUAUCACAUCCCGGGACUAAGAGCCAAAGUUCGAUCACUAGCCAACGCUUGUCAGAGGUGUCGCAAUAAGAAAGCGGCUCCGGAGCCACCGGAGAUGGGAGAUAUUCCGCCAGAAAGGCUUGCUAUAAAUGAGCUACCUUUUACGAACACUGGCAUCGACUACUUCGGCCCAUUCGAGGUGAAUGUUGGAAGACGAAGAGAGAAACGGUGGGGCGUACUGUUCACGUGCCUUACUGUAAGAGCAGUACACAUCGAAUUAGCUAACUCUCUGUCGACAGAUACAUUUAUGCUGAUCCUUGAAAUGCUUGUGGCACGAAGAGGAGUGCCGAAAAGAAUAAUGUCGGACAACGGAACCAAUUUUCGAGGAGCGAGCCGACUAUUACAAGAAGAAAUCGAGAGGAUCUCAUCGAAGGAGCUGGAAAAUAAGUACCCAGAGAUCGAGUGGUCUUUCAUACCGCCAGGAGCGCCCCACAUGGGUGGCGCAUGGGAGCGGAUGAUAAGAUCUGUAAAAUCUAUUCUGUUUGAAAUACUAGAAGAGAAGCACGUUCAAGAACCGGUGCUUAGAGCAGCUCUAGCCAGGAUAGAAAACACGCUCAAUUCCCGACCAUUGACGUACGUGCCGCUGGAGACUCCAGAAGCUGAUGCACUUACGCCAAACCAUUUUCUACGAGGAGCAAGCAGCGCGAUGGUAGUAAAGGAUGGCAGCAACACGAACGGCAUUUUGCUUGGUAAGAGUUUUCGUAUUGCAGGUCAGAUUGCAGACAGUUUCAAGAAGCGAUGGCUGAGGGAAUACCUACCGUGCCUCACACAAAGAGCUAAAUGGCAUGGCCCGCCAAAUAACCCGAUCUGCAUAGGAGAUGUCGUCAUUAUGGUUGAUGAAUCGAACCCCAAGGUGCAGUGGAAGAAAGGUGUCAUCAUGGAUCUUCGAGUGGCCAAAGACGGGAUAGCACGCAGCGCGGUUAUACGCACCGCGACUGGAUUGCUGACCCGACCGAUCGUCAAGUUGGCCAAGCUUGAUGUCAACAAACCAGCAGCUGCUGGUGAAGAUGGCGGCCAAGACGUAACCAUAGGUUUUGCAAACAAAUCGGCGAGGAUUGUUUGCGAAGGGGGGAAUGUUACGGCAUGA